AUGGUCGACAUAGAAGACACCGGCACUGCCCAAGUCACCUUCACCAAAUCCCAAAUCACCGCAACAUGGACCGCGGCCGAAGAUCUUACAAUCCUCCAACUCGCCGAGAGAGCUGGCCUGAAGCCGAAGUUCGGCUGCAGGAGUGCUAUUUGUGGGACGUGUGAGAGUAAGAUUGUGAAGGGACAGGUUUAUGGGCCGGAGGGGGAUAGGCCGCAGGGUGUGUUUAUUUGUCAGAGUCGGCCGGCUACGACGGAGGUUGAGAUUGAGAUUUGA